GUAAGAUUCAUUCAUAUCAUAUAUCUUUCAUUUAUCUCACCUUCCCCGUGUCGGUAGUGAAGGAGAGGAGAAUGAAGGUGAUUGAGAAGAUCCGCGAUGCGGCCACUGAGGAAGGAAAGGUGGUCUUCUCCUUCGAAUUCUUUCCUCCCAAGACGGAGGAUGGAGUCGACAACCUCUUCGAGAGGAUGGAUCGGAUGGUGGCGCACGGCCCCGCCUUCUGCGACAUCACCUGGGGAGCUGGUGGCUCCACGGCGGAUCUCACUCUGGAGAUCUCCAACAAGAUGCAGAACAUGAUCUGCGUGGAGACAAUGAUGCAUCUCACUUGUACCAACAUGCCUGUGGAGAAGAUCGACCAUGCUCUCGACACCAUCAAGUCCAAUGGCAUCCAGAAUGUGCUCGCCCUCCGCGGCGACCCCCCUCAUGGCCAGGACAAGUUCGUCCAGAUCCAAGGCGGCUUCGCUUGUGCUCUAGAUCUGGUGCAGCACAUCCGGGCGAAAUAUGGAGAUUACUUUGGAAUAACUGUUGCGGGUUAUCCAGAGGCACAUCCUGAUGUGAUACUAAAUGGUGUGGCUACUUCGGAAGCAUACCAGAGUGAUUUGGCUUAUUUGAAGAGAAAGGUUGAUGCAGGAGCAGAUCUUAUUGUCACGCAAUUAUUCUAUGAUACUGAUAUUUUCCUCAAAUUUGUGAAUGACUGUCGGCAAAUUGGAAUAACCUGCCCCAUUGUCCCAGGAAUUAUGCCCAUUAAUAACUACAAAGGAUUCUUACGUAUGACUGGUUUUUGCAAAACAAAGAUACCAUCUGAGGUUACUGCUGCCUUGGAGCCUAUUAAGGACAAUGAUGAAGCUGUCAAAGCCUAUGGAAUUCACCUUGGAACGGAAAUGUGCAAGAAGAUUUUAGCUCAUGGGAUUAAGACAUUGCAUGUUUAUACACUGAACAUGGAGAAAUCAGCAUUGGCUAUAUUAAUGAAUCUUGGGUUAAUUGAAGAAUCCAAAAUAUCAAGGCCCUUCCCAUGGAGACGCCCGACAAAUGUCUUCCGUGUUAAAGAGGAUGUUCGCCCAAUAUUUUGGGCUAAUCGUCCUAGAAGUUAUAUAUCAAGGACCAUAGGAUGGGACCAAUAUCCACAUGGACGAUGGAGUGAUUCUUGUAAUCCAUCAUAUGGAGGAUUAACCGACUAUCAGUUUAUGAGACCACGUGCUCGUGACAAGAAACUUCAAGACGAAUGGGUUGUGCCCUUGAAAAGCAUUGAAGAUGUUCAAGAGAGAUUUAUAAAGUUCUGCCUUGGAAAACUGAAAAGUAGUCCCUGGUCAGAAUUAGAUGGGCUUCAGCCAGAGUCAAAGAUCAUCAAUGAACUUCUGGGCAACAUCAAUUCAAAGGGUUUCCUCACCAUCAAUAGCCAACCUGCAGUUAAUGGGGAAAAAUCUGACUCCCUGUCUGUUGGAUGGGGUGGGCCAGGUGGGUAUGUUUAUCAGAAGGCCUAUCUGGAGUUCUUCUGCUCAAGGGAAAAGCUGAAUGCUCUUGUUGACAAAUGCAAGGGUCACCCAUCUCUGACAUACAUGGCUGUGAACAAAGAAGGGACCUGGAUGUCUAAUGUUGGCCCAGGUGAGGUGAAUGCGGUGACAUGGGGAGUAUUCCCAGCAAGGGAGAUCAUCCAACCUACUGUUGUGGAUCCUUCCAGCUUUAUGGUGUGGAAGGACGAGGCAUUUGAAAUCUGGUCAAGAGGAUGGGCUCUCUUAUACCCAGAGGAUGACCCAUCCAGAAAAUUGCUUGAAGAGGUACAGAACAGCCAUUUCUUGGUCAGCCUGGUGGAUAAUGAUUACAUCAACGGCGAUUUGUUUGCCAUUUUUAUGGAGUUGUUCUGAGACAUGCACACUCCUCCCUCUCCCUUUGAGGCUUGCUAAAGACAUUGAAGUUGAUUCUGUGUCUCAAGUUGGAUUAGAAUUUCAUUUCCAUGGGAAUAACUUGAAUCAUAAUUCUAUAAUCUUACUAUUAUGUAAUAAUUGUUAUUCAUUGAGCUUUGUAUCCCCCCACCUCAUGCUGCAAAAUGCAUUUGAAGUGGGAGCUGAUUUACAGAAGCAAUUGCAUACUGCUGUAUUAUGCAGUAGCGUAAUUCUUACAGAGAUAUUUCUGGUCCAAGAAUCCCAUAAUGAAUGGUUAUGAUUUUCCCUA